AUGCAAUAUGCUAGUGCUCUUUCCCGAAUCCCACCCACUGGCAACACUUCGGCCUCCAAAGUUCCCAUGUCAAUCGCAUUCUCAUCAUCUGGAACUGGCCAGAUUCAACUGUGGCAAUUCCUUCUGGAGCUUCUGGCCGACGCCGUCAACGCCCAUUGCAUUGCGUGGGAGGGCAGCAACGGCGAAUUCAAAUUGGUUGACCCAGACGAGGUGGCCAGGAAAUGGGGAGAGCGUAAAAGGUGUUUCGGCUUCAGCUUUCAUCUUUAUAAUCGAAUUAAAUUGCAGUAAGCCAAACAUGAACUAUGACAAAUUGAGCAGGGCUCUUCGAUAUUAUUACGAUAAAAACAUUAUGACCAAGGUCAGCAAACUCUUAGAGUUGUGGAAACAAACGAUAUUGUAGGUCCAGGGAAAACGAUAUGCAUACAAGUUUGACUUCCAAGGACUAGCUCAAGCUUGCCAGAAUGCGAUUCUUACAAACGGAGGAAAUCCGAACGGCGACCUCUCCUCGGCCGUUCAGUCACUCUCGCCUUAUUCAAACCGUUCGUCCCGAGUUAUCAUUUCCCUUCCGGUGUACAUGCAUUUUCAGAAGUGCUUCCACUCGGUGUGACCAGUCGGCUAUCGUCUUCAAUGUCCACAUAUCCCACCAUCCUCACCACCGCUUCGUCUACCUCUUCAAGCCAAAUAAUGCCAUCAUCGGUAAACAAACUUUAAAAUGCGGUUUUUAAAUCAUACAUGGUUUUUCUUCAAGACUGUUGCUUCAACGUACUGGACUACACCUCAACCAUCUCUAACAUAUGCUGGAAUGCCAACAUCGUACUGA